GUUUCAGAAUCUAACAUUGUAUUUCUCCUGAAUAUAGUUUUUAUAUAUGCGUUUUCCACUCCUUCUCUUCGCAAUGAACGUAUGCUGUCUCUUUGAUAAUGGGGAAACUUCUUGUAAUUCUACAAUUUACGGAUACCAAUCAGCCUUUAUUGAUCGCUUUCAGGAUGAGUUUCACUUCACAUAUUGGUAUUGACGACACUCGGUUUUAAAAGAUGGACAUUAUCGAAUACUAAAUACUAUCGAAUAGUAAAUUAUAACUCGAAUAAAUAGUAGCUAAUGUCAUUUUUUUGACCAAGUGUGUAUGGCCGGCAAGAAUUACGUUUUGCCGCAUUCCAUAUAGUGAUUGGAGACGGCAUUGCACAAAAUUGUGUCAACGUGGAAUGCGUUCUGACAGAUGAAACCAAUCUCUUGGGUGUUCAGUUCCGGUAUACAGUUUCUUUGUAGUGUCCACGCACCACUCUCUCAUUAUCGAAAGUUACACAGGACGUCAGUGUUUUGUAUUAGUACGUGGGGGUCUAAGAAGAAACAUCGAAAAGUCAGACUCCAGUUUACUGUUGACGGAAUGGCAGAUCCGAAAAUGGAAGAGAUAUUGGCUCCUUUAAGGGCAUCUGUUAAAGAACAGGGUGACCUGGUUCGAAACUUGAAGGCUGCUGGAGCUCCAGAGCUGGAUGUUAAAAAAGCAGUGGCAGAGCUGAAGAUAAGGAAAAAGACUCUAGAAGAUAAGGAGCUGUCAUUGGUUCCAUCAGCAGUUACAUUUGACAGAGCAAAGAUGGAGGAUUUACUGAGAAGAAGGUUUUUCUUUGACCAGUCAUUUGCCAUAUACGGAGGUAUAACUGGGCAGUUUGACUUCGGCCCGAUGGGAUGUGCACUCAAAGCAAAUAUUCUGAAUGCCUGGCGCAGUUUCUUUGUACUGGAGGAACAGAUGCUGGAAGUGGACUGUUCCAUUCUCACGCCUGAACCAGUUCUGAAGGCAUCAGGGCAUGUGGAUAGAUUUGCGGAUCUUAUGGUGAAGGAUGUGGUCAAUGGAGAGUGUUUUCGCUUGGACCACUUGAUUAAAGCUCACCUCGAGAAAGUCGCUGCUGACAAGAAAACUGGUCAGGCCGUCAGAGAUGAGUGCCAGGACAUAAUAGUCAGACUUGAUGGCAUGACAAAAGAUGAGAUGAGUGCAGUGUUGGAAAAAUACAGUAUCCGGUCCCCACUCACUGGCAAUGAAGUGACUGAACCCAUAGAAUUCAACCUGAUGUUUGCAACACAGAUUGGCCCAUCAGGGCUUGUCAAGGGUUUCUUACGACCAGAGACUGCACAGGGGAUCUUUGUAAAUUUCAAGCGCCUGCUGGAGUUUAACCAAGGACGCCUGCCAUUUGCUGCUGCGCAGAUAGGGAAUGCUUUCCGCAAUGAGAUCUCUCCGCGGUCUGGACUCAUAAGAGUGAGAGAGUUCACGAUGGCGGAAAUUGAGCACUUCUGUGAUCCGGCGGAAAAGACUCACCCGAAGUUUGAAAGUGUACAGGACACUGAGAUGCUUCUGUACUCUGCUGCAAACCAGAUGGACGGCAAGUCCGCAGAACUGCACUCUAUUGGUCAAGCAGUUGACAAGGGUCUAGUCGCUAACCAGACCCUGGGCUACUUCAUGGCCCGAAUCCAGCAGUUCCUGAUCCGUAUCGGAGUGGACCCAGCCAAGCUCAGAUUCCGCCAGCACAUGGGCAACGAGAUGGCUCAUUAUGCUUGCGACUGCUGGGAUGCAGAGAUGUUGACUUCCUACGGCUGGGUCGAAUGUGUAGGAUGUGCAGACAGAUCUGCGUUUGACUUGACGCAGCACUCCAAAGCAACGGGCGUACGGCUAGCAGCAGAGAAAAAGCUAGCUGAACCAAAAGUUGUUGACGUCAUAGAACCUCAGAUAAACAAAGGUGUCAUAGGAAAAGCCUUCAAGAAGGAUGCAAAAAUCAUAAUGGAUCAUCUGGCAGUACUUGACACACAUGGAUUGGCAGAGUUGGAGAAGUCUCUGGCAGCUAAUGGUGGUUACGUCGUCAACGUUGGAGGUGCAGAGUUCAAGUUGACACCUGAAAUGGUGUCCAUUAAACAGCAUCAGAAAACUGUUCAUGUAGAGGAGAUAAUACCCAAUGUGGUUGAACCGUCAUUUGGCAUCGGACGAAUCAUGUAUGCCUUGUUUGAACAUAAUUUCAGAGUGCGCGAAGGAGACGAGCAGAGAACGUUCCUGUCUCUUCCUCCAGUGGUGGCACCACUCAAAUGUUCAUUGCUGCCGCUGAGUGGCAAUGCUGAGUUCCAGCCCUUCAUCAGACGGUUGUCUCAAGAAUUAACAAGGUUGGACGUAUCUCACAAAGUGGAUGACGCUAGUGGUUCAAUAGGGAGGCGGUACGCACGGACAGACGAGAUAGCCAUUCCAUUUGGAGUUACGAUUGAUUUUGAUUCUCUACAGUCUCCACAUUCUGCAACACUACGUGAGCGUGAUUCCAUGGCACAAGUCAGAAUACCUCUCGAUGUCCUUCCGGAAGUCGUGCGCGACUUGGCAUACGGGAAGACUGCUUGGAGCGCUGUGGAAUCUAAGUUUCCGAAGUUUGAACAGCAAGAAUCGGUAACAAAAGCUGCAUGAUUAGAGUUGUGACAUAAUGAGUACAAGAUACUGUUGUAAAGUCUUAAUAAACGUAAUGUUGACAAUAUG